AUGACUUUCAACAGCACCGUGGACGGGCUGGACUACAAGUCACCCCCUCCAUGGUUUGACGUUCUCCGCAUCUCCUCACUGUCCAUCGUUGUCUUCUUCAUCGUGAGCGGGAACAUCUUCUGUUUUUUCGUCAUCCAAAGUUCCCGUCAGAUGCGUAAGGUGAGCCGCAUUUUCAUCGUGUCCCUGAUCGUUGCGGACCUGUGCGCAGGGUUGUUCUCAAGCGGGUCCCUCCUGGCAACGGUAGCCGUAGGACAUUUGGUCCCUGUCGACAUUGCAGAGGGGCUCUGUAAGGCCUAUUUUAUGGGAGGGAUUCUCUUCAACGGUGGGUCCUUUAUAUCACUCCUGACUCUGAUAUGUGACUGCUACAUUGCCCUGGAGAAGCCUCUUCGGUACCCGUCUCUGCUGACCGCGCGUCGGGCGUAUAACAUCGUCUGGUCCUUCUGGAUACUGAUGGUCAGUGUUACAGUCGCCUAUGGUGUGUACUUCGGAACCCUGCCGCACCACCGAUCGGAAUGGCAUUGGUGCCUUGCGGGAAUCAGUCCAUCCAAAAUAGAACCUUACAUCUUGCUGUUGUUACUUUAUGCAAGUGGGACGGUGGUGUUGCCCUUGGCAGUGACAUUUGUGCUGUACGGAAGGAUCCGUCUGAUUGUACACCGUCACAAGGCACGCCUGGCACGCAUCACUCCGCCUGGCCACCCAUCCCAACAGCGCUCCAACGAAACUAAGUCACUGACUACUUUCCUGAUGGUCAACUGUGGGGCUGCAUUGACUUCCCUGCCCCUGAGUGUGCUCCUAGUCUACUCCUACUGGACUCGUGAAUUCUCCUUGUAUGGCAUCAGCGCCGCCAUGAUUGUCAGGUCCUGCAGCAACCUUCUGAACGUGCUCGUCCACACCAGACGCAACGGGGAGUUCCGGUCAACGGUAGCCCGUGUUUGUGGUCGUAACAGCAGGAAUGCUCGUAAUAAUACAGGUACAGCAAGUGUAGCCAACACACGACUGAGUUGCAUAGCUCCUACCAUAGGUUAG